AUGGAACAGCAACACCACCAAAAACAAAACAGCAUCCUAUGCAAAUACACUGUACACCAGAGUGUCAAGAAAAAACACACAAAACUAAAAACAGCUUCGCUUCCUCCCAAAGUCAUUUCUAUAUUCGUAACCGAUCCUUACGCCACAGAUUCAUCCAGCGACGAUGAAAACACCUCUCGCACCAGAGUCAAGCGUUACGUCAACAGAAUUGAAAUUCAACCUGCGGGCAAAACAGUGGCUUCUAAAAAGAGAAACGCAGGAGAAAUCACUACUUUUCGGCCGUCGCCUGCGGCGAUAAUAGCGGCGACCAAGCUGUCAGCUACCUGGCGCGUGAAGAAGUACCGCGGUGUGCGGAUGCGGCCGUGGGGGAAAUGGGCGGCGGAGAUAAGAGAUCCUAUAAACCGCAAUAGGAUCUGGCUCGGAACCUUUGACACUGCCGUAGAAGCUGCGUUGGUAUACGACAAUGCCGCGGUUGCGUUUCGCGGUCCUAACGCGUUAACGAACUUCACAUCGAAGGAGUCGACGGAAAAAGAAAAAGCCUCUGCCGGAAAAUUAGAAAUGAAUGUGGUGGUGAAGCCGGAGACCGAAGUGUCCGGUUACGACUCAACUGACGAGAGCUGUCACAACCUUUCGUCGCCCACAUCUGUUCUCCGAUUCAACGAGCAGGAGAAAUCGGAACAACCCUUUGCCAGUCAAAGUCACUUCAUGGAAGAGUGUGAAGGCGAGACGGUGUCGUUUCACGAAAGUAGCGAUUUUUGGCCACGGGAUAUGUCAUUGGAUGACGUGUUUAACUUUCCGGCUAUGUACGACGAACCUGUUUCGCAUAUAUUUGACGAAACGAUACCGUUUUUUGUUAGUGACUGUUUGGGUGGUGUUAAGGAUUCUGAAGAAAAGUGGUCGUCGUCAUCGUCAUUGUGCCAAGUGGACGAUUACUUCGAAGACAUUUUGUUAGGCUCAGAUCCUCUGGCGGUGGUGACUACUCACCCAUUUAUCCCUCGUUAUUAUCUUAAUUCAAAUCUUAAACUCGUGCAAGAGCAUGAUGAAUCGAAAAGUGAACAGGAGACAAGACAGGUGAAUGAUUAUGUCACAAUUCGCAGAACAUGGAGAUACUUCAUACAGGAUGUGACUGUUCCACGCAGAGAGAAGUGCAGAAAAUUCCCAAUAUCUCUGCAAGUUGCAGAGUUUCACGACCUAGAACCAUCAAGCCCAGCUGUUGGCCUCUCACGAUUGGGCCGUCCCUACCCACUCCGCAAGUCCACAGAAACUGUCUUUGAGGGCAAAAGGGGAAAGGUAGAAAGAGUAAAGAGGGAAAAGGAGGUGAUGGAAGCACGUGAAAUCCAUAUGGCAAGGCCUGCAAUGCAAGUUUAA